CAAAUGUGAAAUCAUAUAUAAAUGUGUAAAAUACAUCGCAUAACCCAAGCAAUUCUUCGUUGUUAAACACGUUGAAUACAUCUCUGCUAGAAAUUAAAGAUGAGCUGUUGGAAAUUUGUGUUCGUUGUUUUGGCGUGUGUAUUAGUAGCAGCUCCAACUGCUAUGUCGGAUCCUGAAACGGUUAAAGUUCCUAAAGGAUUGAAUAUUGGUGACUUCGAUAAAUACAUGACUGGAGCCUACUGGUCUCAGUUGUACUACUGUGUCCCUCUGAUCAACGGAAGUGCACUGUAUGUUCCCGACUUCAACUUUUUCGCUCGAGUUGACAAGAUUGGUGACAACGAGUACUCAACCAACACCAAAGGAGAUCUUAUUAAUUCAGAGAAUCAGCCUGAAUGUAUUCAACGUCCUGACAAUCUAACCCAAACAACAGAAGACACAGCUGUAUUCGAAACCAGCACAGGUGCAUUGCAAGUAUUCUGGACCUCUGACCCCACUGUGUAUGUUUGGACAUUACGUUGUCAUGAACCACAAAACACUCGCCACUGCCAUAUAUUAGAUGUUGACGUUGGACUCCUUGUAAAAAACGUCCCUCAUGACCUAUCAUGGAAGGACGUGCUCAAAGACCUUACAUCGAAGACUAGGGUGGAGUUUGACGACGGAAACUUCAAGUGUUUCUUCGUUUAUGGAGAGAGCUCUUUGUGUGAUGAGUUAUAAGACUGAAGAACGGGAAAGAGUCGUCAAGGAUGAUGGAAAACACUCGUUUCCCGAUAUAUCUUCAUGCCCCCAGAUACGAACUUUAUUGAUAUUAAAAUUUGAUUUUUUUGUGAUGCUCUCAACAAUAACUCGUAACUAUUUUGUGUAAAAGUUUCUUAAUCUAUUACAAUAUCAUUAAACUAAGGAAUGAAUAUAUCUACAGAACAAGCUGCUUUUACGGGUUGAUGCCUUUCUUAACAUUUAUGUACAAGAAUAAAUAAACAUAACUGUU